CAUUCUCUUAUUUCCCUGCACCGAUACAUCCACAGCAGGGCUCAUGGAAAAAGACACUGAACACAUGCGCUGAAUUGUAUGAUCUUCAGGGCAGAGAGAAGAGCAGGCUGCUUUUCAUAGCUUGGAGGGUAGCUGUGUUGGGGGUCACUUGUUAGGGUGAGGGACAAUUUGCUGUCAGGCUGAUUUCACAUCUGCCAGGAUGCAGACUGCCCCUAGCCCUGCUUCUGCAUUGGAUUCUACAGGGCUGUUUGCUAAAAGGAAAAGGACAUCCCUUUGGUUUGCACUCUCUCUUCUUAUCUUGUCACUUUUUAUACUCACUAUUGGCCUAGUGGCAACUACAAGGACAGAGAAUAUAUCUGUGGGAGGUUACUAUCCUGGCAUUAUUCUUGGAUUUGGAUCUUUCCUUGGCAUUAUUGGAAUCCAUCUUGUAGAAAAUAGAAAACAAAUGCUGGUAGCAUCUAUUGUUUUUAUAAGCUUUGGGGUUGUAUCGGCUUUCUCCUGCGCUAUUGUUGAUGGUGUUUUUGCAGCUCGACAUAUUGAACCUAGACCUUUGUAUAAUGGGAGAUGCAAAUUUUAUGCAAGCGGAUCUGGGAUUGCAUACGACCCUUACCAAACUGAAGUGAAAUGCUAUAGAGAGGAUGAGUCAUGCCCACUACGAGUAAAAACCCAUACAUGUUACUGCUGUGAUCUAUACAACUGUGAAAGUCAAGAUCCAUUCUCCAGCUACUAUGAAUUUGUGGGUGUAAACAGCUGCCAGGAUGCAGUACAUUUAUAUCGACUGCUGUGGGCCUCUACUGUGCUGAAUGUGGUGGGACUGUUCCUUGGCAUUGUCACAGCUGCUAUUCUGGGAGCCUUUAAAGACAUGGCACCAAUGAACCAACUAAACUUCAACUCUGCACCACCUCCUCAGAUUCUGUACAACCCAGCUCAGCAGAUUCUAACGUACACAGGCUUCUGUUCUCCCACAGCAGCUCUUCCUUCCUAUGCAUCCUAUCCAAUGCCUAUGCAGUCGUCGGGCUGUUAUCCAGCCAUUUCAUCUGCAGAUAUUUCUUUAUCAGAUGACAUCCAGAAUCCAUCACAGUCCAACUCAAUGAAUGGCCUCGCUUCUAAUGCAGCCGCUCACUAUGCAUCCAGCAAUCUGUUACCAGGUGAAAAGCCACCACCAUAUGUCCCCUAAUGAGAAUACAAAGACUGAAAAGACACAGAUAACUGCAGGAAACAAAGAAAUAAAGGGCUUGAGAGUCAUUCUAGAACACUGCUAUGAAAGACAUCCC